UCAAAAUGAAUACGCAAUGCUCAUAUUUUUUUCGGCUAUUUCUUCUUCUAAUAUACGAAUUCUCCUUUCAUGUUGUCUCAAGACGGCCUUCAUUUUCGCCAGAUCUGACAACAAUUCCUCCAUGUUCGUUGGUCCUGUGGUUCGAUUCCUCGAUCCAGGCCAACCGGGGUCCUCACCCCUUCGAUGUCCGUAAUUUGGUAGCAGAUAUGUCUCCAUACUGCUGACGCUCAUUCGUGGAGAAGGGCUGGGUUGAAUCGGAGCUGGCGGUGGAAUGUAGUCGUCAGGGUCGGCAGUGCGAGCCUGAUCUCUUUUGAUCCUCUCCAGUUCAGCGGCGGCUCGUCUUUGCCCCGCCGUCUGUGCACCACCUCCCAUAUCUCUGUCAGCACGAGAUCGAAGAUUCACCUGCUGCUUUGGUGUCUUCUGAGAUCUUUCUGGACUUCGUGGUCGCUCUUGGUACUGAUGUUGUGAGGGCGGCGAUGGACGCCGUUGCAUCUGGCUGGUGACCACGAUUCCCAUGUCGUCGUCGACCACCGGCGGUCGAUGUUGUUGUUGAAUUCGAGGCGAUGGUGGAGCAGAUCACUUGAGGUGAUGUCUGAUCCGAAUAGGACGACCUUUGUGAGGCAGUUUCAGCACUUGCGCAGUGGGGGCGAGUUGGUUGAGAAUGUUGGCUUUCUUGGCCACUUGGAUUUUGGGCUUAGCCUGAGCUGCCGCCGGGUUUACGGCCAUGAGAUUGGGUACUGCGUUCUUACCUAAACGCGAUGUUAAUAGUAGUGCUAGGACAGGGGACUACUGCACGACACUCUCAGCAACAUUCAGGUAGAAUCGAGGCAAAGUUGACCUAUCUAAUGACACAAAGUAGGAUAAGGCCUCACCAUCCAUGAAUUCUUCGGCAGUAAGCGCUGGAAUUGUUGAUCUUGUGUCCGGAUACAGAUCGUGCUGGAAGAGAUCGGAUUUCCUCGGAACGAAGAAUUGCAGUACGUCGACAACGCCUUUUGUGGUCAGUUUGUAGAUUCU